AUGACCAUCAGAGCUGCCAAAUUCACCCCAGAGGUCCUCCUCUCAGCGCCACGCAGGUCAGCAGCCGUCCCCAAUGCCAGCGGCAAACUCGCCGUUUACACCCAAACAACCUACUCCUUCGAAAGCCACUCCAAAACGAACGAGAUCCGCACCAUCGACCUCGAAUCCGGCGAAACCUCGGUCGUCACGAACGACGUAGGCGCCAGUAACCCACAAUGGCUGGACGAUGGCGACUUGCUGGUUUGGUUGAAGGGGAAAGAUAAUGGGAACACAAGUUUUGUGAUUGGCGAUGCUCGAGAUCCAGGACGGUUCUACACUGCGGGUACAGUACCAGGACCAGUUUCCGAUUUGAAAGUCACAAAGCUCGAGUCAGGAAAGACCGGGUUCGUGGUUUCAGGUAAAGCGAAUCCGGAUGGAAGCUUGUAUAACCCGAAAGAUGCAAAAAAACCCUUGAGCAGUGGGAGAUAUUAUACAUCGACUUGGGUGCGGCAUUGGGAUGAAUAUAUAGAGCCUCAGAAGAAUUCGUUGUGGUACGGUGUAUUGCAGAAUUCGCCAUCGGCGGCAUCAGAUAAGGAGAAGAGAUACGCGUCGUCUGGGUUGACAAAUCUACUCUCUGUUUCGGGUUUGACGGAUGUUGAAGCGCCCAUACCCCCAUUUGGCGGCACGGAUGAUUUCGAUAUCAGUCCGAAUGCGGUUGUGUUUGUCGCGAAGGAUCCUGCGGUGAAUAAGGCGACUCAUACAGCUUGCGUGUGUUACUAUUGUCCCAUGCCUUCAUGGACGGAUCUGAGAACGCGGGAGGCAAAGAUCUAUCAAAUGAAGGGUCUUGAGGGCGCUAUGAGCUCGCCUGUAUUGUCAAAUGAUGGUAGCGCUAUCGUUUUUCUAGCGCAAGAGAAGGAUGGACAUGAAGCUGACAAGAACCGGAUCAUUUUUGUGCCUAAUCCUUGGAGCGGUCAGUUGCUAGAGGUAUUCAAGUCGAAGGAUGGGAAAGGAGCAUGGCCCUUGAGUCCUGGCUCGGUCUCCUGGGCAAAAGAUAACAAGUCAUUGCUGAUCACGGUGGAAGAAAAAGGACGAGGAAUAUUAUAUCAGUUUCCAAUCGAAGACAUAUUGAACGCCACGCCGGAUAAGUUGAAGAAGCUCACCAGCACAGGCUUUGUUAACAGCGUUGCUCCAUUGUCGGCGGACACGGAACUCCUUCUUGUUUCAAGCAGCAACUUGAUAGAGAGCAGCGUCUACACAAUCGUCGACCCUAAUGCAAUUGACGACGCAAAAAUUUUGUCGUCUAUUAGCCGUGGCGGAUCAUCGAUCGGUCUGUCGCGCUCUCAGGUCGACGAAAUAUGGUACAAAGGCGAAAACGACCAACCCAUCCACGCUUUCGUCGUGAAACCAUCAAACUUCAAUCCAGACGAGAAAUACCCUUUGGCAUUCCUGGUUCAUGGCGGACCGGAAUCAGCGUGGAACGAUUCGUGGAGUACUCGCUGGAACCCGGCGGUAUUUGCCGAGCAGGGCUAUGUGGUCGUUACGCCGAACCCAACUGGUAGCACAGGAUAUGGACAGGACUUCACGGAUGCUAUCAUUGGCAACUGGGGUGGUCUUCCGUAUCUAGACCUGGAAAGAGGGUUUGAUUACAUCAGCAAAAACCUGAAAUAUGUUGACAUCGACCGCGCAGUGGCAUUAGGCGCUUCGUAUGGUGGAUACAUGAUGAACUGGAUCCAGGGACAGCCGCUCGGUCGAAAAUUCAAGGCUCUUGUUACGCACGAUGGGGUAUUUAGCAUGACAUCGCAGCUGGCCAGUGAAGAGCAAUACUUCCCGCUCGCCGAUCUCAAGGGACCUCUGUGGAAGGUGCCUGAAGAAUGGCAGAAAUGGGAUCCGUCGCGAUUUACCGCGAACUGGGAAACACCUCAUUUAAUCAUUCAUAACGAGCUUGAUUACCGACUAACAAUAGCAGAAGGCUUGGCUGCGUUUAAUGUGUUGCAGAUGAAGGGCAUCGAAAGCGCAUUCUUGACAUUUCCUGAUGAAAAUCAUUGGGUAUUGCAGCCUGAGAAUUCUCUGGUGUGGCAUUAUGCUGUGAUCAACUGGAUCAAUAAACAUGUCGGAUUGCCAGAGAUCUCGACGGCUCAUCAUGACGGUAUCUUCGAAGCCGACAAGAAUUUCAAAAAAGUUACAAAUGUUCCCUUGAGAUGA